UUGCCUUAUGAAAUUCAAGUUACACGUGAAUUCUGCCAGGCAAUUCAAGGACCUGUGGAAUAUGAGUGAUGACAAACCCUUUCUAUGCACUGCCCCUGGAUGUGGCCAGCGUUUUACCAACGAGGAUCAUUUGGCUGUCCAUAAACAUAAACAUGAGAUGACACUGAAAUUUGGUCCAGCUCGUAAUGACAGUGUCAUUGUGGCUGAUCAGACACCUACACCAACACGAUUUUUGAAGAACUGUGAAGAAGUGGGUUUGUUCAAUGAGCUAGCAAGUCCAUUUGAAAAUGAAUUCAAAAAAGCCUCAGAAGAUGACAUUAAAAAAAUGCCCCUAGAUUUAUCCCCUCUUGCAACACCCAUCAUUAGAAGCAAAAUCGAAGAGCCUUCUGCUGUGGAGACAUCUCACCAGGAUAGUCCUUUACCUCACCCAGAAUCCACUACCAGUGAUGAAAAGGAAGUAUCAUUGCCACAGACUGCACAACCCACAUCAACUAUAGUUCGUCCAGCAUCAUUACAGGUUCCCAAUGUCCUGCUUACAAGUUCAGACUCAAGUGUCAUAAUUCAGCAGGCAGUACCUUCUCCAACAUCAAGUACUGUUAUCACCCAGGCUCCUUCCUCCAAUAGGCCAAUAGUUCCCGUACCAGGCCCUUUUCCUCUAUUGUUACAUCUUCCCAAUGGACAGACUAUGCCCGUUGCCAUUCCUGCCUCAAUUACAAAUUCUAAUGUACAUGUUCCUGCUGCAGUUCCACUUGUUAGACCUGUCACCAUGGUGCCUAGUAUCCCAGGAAUCCCAGGUCCUUCUUCCCCGCAACCAGUGCAGUCAGAGGCUAAAAUGAGAUUAAAAGCUGCUUUGACUCAGCAACAUCCUCAGGUAACAAAUGGAGAUGCAGUCAAGGGACAUGCAAGUGGAUUGGGUAGGACUCAGUCAGAGGAAUCGCGAGCACAGUCAUUACAACAGCCUGCUACAUCCACAACAGAAACUCCGGCUUCUCCAGCUCACCCAGCACCACAGACACAAAAUACAGGUGGGCGUAGAAGAAGAGCAGCCAAUGAAGACCCUGAUGAAAAAAGGAGGAAAUUUCUAGAGCGAAAUAGAGCAGCAGCUUCAAGGUGCCGUCAAAAAAGGAAAGUCUGGGUUCAGUCUUUGGAGAAGAAAGCAGAAGACUUGAGUUCAUUGAAUGGACAAUUGCAGAGUGAAGUCACCCUGCUGAGAAAUGAAGUAGCACAGCUGAAGCAGCUUCUUCUGGCUCAUAAAGAUUGCCCCGUGACCGCCAUGCAGAAGAAAUCUGGCUAUCAUGCUGCUGAUAAAGAUGAUAGUUCAGAAGACAUUUCAGUGCCAAGUAGCCCCCAUCCUGAAGCGAUACAGCACAGUUCGGUCAGCACUUCCAAUGGAGUGAGUUCAACUUCCAAGGCAGAAGCUGUAGCCACUUCAGUCCUUACCCAGAUGGCGGACCAGAGUACAGAGCCAGCACUUUCACAGAUUGUAAUGGCUCCUCCUUCUCAAUCACAGCCCUCAGGAAGUUGAUUAAAAAUGUGGAUUGCAACAGUUUUAGAUAUUAAUGACUUUAAAGGGAAAUCAAGGAAAGACCAUCUCCGUUUAGGAGAAAUCUGUAGUUGUAAAAAUUAUUAAUUUUUUUAAAAAUUGAAAUUAAAUUUGGCUCUAAAGAUUGGAAUAUGGGCAGAUGAAGAUAAGACUGAGCAAGU